AUGGCAUCCCCAGCACACUUCUCAGAGGAGGAGGUGGCAGAGCUACAAGAGGCUUUCAGCAAAGUCGACAUCAGUGGGAAUGGCUUCAUCCACGCCAACGACUUGACAGACGUGCUGAAGGCAGCCAACCUCCCCCUCCCAGGGUAUAAAGCCAGAGAACUCAUUCAGAAUUUGACAACCACAGGGGAUGGCAGGAUCAGUUUUGAUGAAUUUAUUUCUAUUUUCCAAAACCUGAAGAGUGAUGAUGUUGCUAAGUCCUUCCGAAAACAAAUCAACAAAAAGGAGGGGAUCUGUGCCAUUGGUGGGACCUCUGAGCAGUCCAGUGCUGGGACACAGCACUCCUACUCAGAGGAAGAAAAAUAUGCCUUUGUCAACUGGAUUAAUAAAGCCCUUGAGAGGGACCCUGACUGUAAGCACGUGGUCCCAAUGAAUCCAGAAACAGAUGACCUCUUCCAGGCAGUUGGAGAUGGCAUAGUGCUCUGUAAGAUGAUCAACUUCUCAGUGCCAGAUACCAUCGAUGAGAGAACAAUCAACAAAAAGAAACUCACACCCUUCACAAUACAGGAAAAUCUGAACCUGGCUCUGAACUCUGCUUCAGCCAUUGGGUGCCACGUUGUGAACAUUGGAGCUGAAGACCUAAAAGAAGGGAAACCUUACCUGGUUUUGGGUCUUUUAUGGCAAGUCAUCAAGAUUGGACUCUUUGCUGACAUAGAGAUCAGCAGAAAUGAAGCCUUGAUUGCUCUUCUGAGAGAAGGAGAAAGCCUGGAGGAUCUGAUGAAGUUGUCUCCAGAAGAACUGCUGCUGAGGUGGGCAAACUACCACCUGGAGAAUGCAGGGUGCAACAAAGUCAACAACUUCAGCACAGACAUCAAGGACUCGAGAGCUUAUUACCACUUGCUGGACCAGGUUGCCCCCAAGGGAGAUGAAGAAGGCAUUCCAGCCAUCACCAUUGACAUGUCAGGAUUAAGGGUAAGAUGGGAUAAGUUUAGAG